CGUGCGCUGAUAAUGAAAGCCACCAGCGUUUGCAAAAUGAGGCCCAUUAAUUGGUUAGGAACGCUUUUGCGCUCCCCUCGAAGCAGUGGACGCUAUGUCGGAUCUAGAACAACAACAACAGCAGCAACAGGUGUACAGCGGACGCCGCCGCCGCCACCAAAAGCAUCGACAAAGAUGCGCGGCUGGCAAUUACACUGCUAUGGCGAUAUUGACGAGCUGCAGCUUUCGGAGAAGCUAAGGAUGCCACAAAUUCGCAGCUCCAACGAUUGCUUGGUGCGUGUGCGCACGACCACAAUUAAUCCAAUUGAUUUGGCAAUGCUAAGAGGCUAUGGAGCAACAGUGCUCAAUACAAUACGCUGUCAACCAGGCGAGGGCAUCGAAUUUCCCCUUACGCUGGGUCGUGAGUUCUGCGGAGAGCUGGUGCAGAAGGGCAUGGGAGUGAAUAGCGAGAAAUUAGCGCUGGGGCAGAGGGUCUGGGGUGUAGUACCCUUGCAAAUCUCUGGCUCUCAUGCGGACUACGUUGUCGUGCCAUCAUAUUGCCUGGCGCCGGCCCCCACGGAGCUUGAUGACAGCGAGGCUGCUAGCGUGCUCUACGCUGGUCUAACUGCCUGGUCUGGCUUGUACAUAACAGGGCGUCUUGGUGGCUUGUGCGGCGCCACCACAUCCUCUGGCGGCGGUGCAAAUAAACGCGUUUUGGUUUUUGGCGGCUCGGGUGGUGUAGGAACGUUGGCUAUACAGAUGCUUAAGUCACAAGGUGUACAAGUUCUGGCCACCUGCAGUGAGAAUGCUGUUGAAAUGGUGCGCUGUCUUGGAGCCGACCAUGUAGUGGACUAUAACAAUCCAGCCGAUAUGGAUACUCUCUGCAACUAUGCACCCUACGACAUCGUUUUAGAUUGCGCCGGCCAGGGGAGUCAGCAGGCGGCGCAAUUAAAGUUUGACUUUCGACAGUACAUAACCUUCUCUUCACCGCUGUUGGCCAACAUUGAUAAGCAAGGCUUAGGCCUGGGCUUGUUAAAAAAUGUAGCUGAUUUAUUAGAGAGCAAUGCUAAGGCAAUUACACAACGUGGCGGCUUGGUUAAAUGGGGAUUCUUUGCACCGGCAUCACAUGGCAUUGAGUUUUUACAGAGUCUGGUGCAGCAUAAAAAGCUCAUACCCCUCAUCGACAGCAGCUUUGAGUUCGCCGAGCUACCCAAGGCAUUUGAGCGCCUAAAAUGCGGACAUCUGCGUGGCAAAGUUGUGGUAAAGCUAUGAGCAUUACCAUGCGACUGAUUCUUUGUGAUUAUUUAUUGCAAUAUUAAAUUGCUAAUGCACAGCAACUUUUGACCGGUGCUUGUGACGUUAGUGUUUUUGUUUCCUAUGCAGCGACGUCAUAGCGUCAACGACUCAGCAAUUUGCACAAUUCUUUAUAUUAAGCAAAAAUAGAAAAAGAAAAUAUCAAUAAAUAAGCUGCGGAAACUCA